GUGAAUUUGCUAACAGGGCAACCAGGAAGUCUGGGGAAACCGCCCCUGGUUGCCCCCAGGAGGGGAAAGCCAUGCAAUGCGCAGAGGCUGGAAAGCCUAUAAUUAAAGUCAAUCACUGUAAAAAAUACAUCUACAGCUUCAGUGUGCCGCGGUGCUGCCCCCUCUGCCGGCAGGACGUGGGCUCGAGGAAACUGGAGGAAGCACCUGUUAGCAUCUCUAAUCCAUUUACCAAUGGACAUCAAGAAAAAUGUUCAUUCCUGCUCAGACCAACUCAAGGGACGUUUCUGAGGGAGUAUGACGGAAGGUCUGAUCUUCAUGUCGGAAUAACCAACACAAAUGGAAUUGUCUAUAAUUACACCAUGCAUGGUGUCCAGCGAGAUGAAGUGGGUUGGGAGCAGAGUGUAAGUAUCCCACUACUGCAGCCUGGCAUGUUUGGAUUGAUGGACCAGUGGGACAAGUACCUGGAAGACUUCUCCACUACAGGGGCCUGGCUGCCCCACAGGUAUCAAGAAGACUGCCACAACUGCUACAGUUAUACCCUCACAUUCAUUAACUGCAUUCUGGCAACAGAAGGCAAGGAGCAACUGGACAAAAAUGAGUUCACAGAGAAAUUCGUGGUCCCCAGGACCAGGAAGGCUUCCAAGUACAUCACACUGUACCGGGCGAUAGAAGAGCACGGCUUCUAUGUGAUUGACCACCCGGAUCAAAAGCCAGGCCCUCCUCCAGGAAGUGUUUUGUGCUGAGUGUGCUGUGUAAGAGCAGAAGGGGCAGGGCCUUUGGGGGGUUACUACUUUUAACAGAUACAAGGGAUUUCUAAACACUUAAACUGUGGUUAAUAAAAAUAUAGGUGA